CAAGUCCAAUGCAAUGGCACCGCACCCUGCUCCAAUGACGUGGAGAGAAAGGAUAAGCCGAUAAGCCGACGUGGCAAAACUGAAGCUCCAAUGGACCAAGUGGCUCUCACAAACCUUCACCAUGCCCUCUCUCUCUUUCUCUGAACCUCUCUCUCUUCUUGAACAAUGGCUUCCUCUCCCUCCUCUCUUCUCUCUCCUACCCCCAAACUCCAUCUCAUCGCUCCAACUCCCCCUCGCACUCCAACCCCCCUCUCUCUAAACAACCCAACCCCUCUCUCACUCCUCUCCCUGAAAAACCCCAACCCAACCACUGCAAACUUGAGCGCCACCUCCAGGAGAAGCCUCGCAAUCUCGACCAUAUCAGGAAUUCUUUUGUCCGUGGCGAUUCCGGCGACUUCACUGGCCGCUUCUGAUGAAGAGUACGUGAGAGAAACAGAGGAUGUGAUAAAUAAGGUGAGAAAUACCAUUAACAUGGAGAAAGGAGACCCCAAUGUGGCCGAUGCCGUUGCUGAAUUGAGAGAGGCCUCGAAUUCAUGGGUGGCUAAGUAUAGGAGAGAGAAAGAGUUGUUGGGUAGGUCUUCUUUUAGAGAUAUGUACUCUGUUCUCAAUGCUGUUUCUGGUCAUUACAUAAGCUUUGGACCGACUGCCCCUAUUCCGGCUAAGCGCAAGGCACGCAUUCUAGAAGAGAUGGAUACGGCUGAGAAGGCCCUUCAAAGAGGCAGAUAGGUCUCUCUCUCUCUCUCUCUCUCUCUCUCUCUAAGAUAUAAGAGCCCUGUUCCUUACUCCACUUUUAUUUCUUUCUCUUGACUCGGAGGAAGGAGAUCCCGUUUUGCGGAUACUUAAUUGAGUUGAGUAAUCAUGUAACUAGUGUUGUUUACUGCAGUUUAAUCUUUUGAAUCUUUAAGAUGAUUGAGUUGGGUGUUUGAUUAAAUUGGAAUAGUUAUUGAGAUCACCAACUGUUUGAUUAAAUUGGCAUAGUUAUUGAGAUCACCAACUGUUUCAAUAAAUUUGUUUAUGCA